CAGCAGGUGCCACUCCUAAGUCCCACACCAGGCCCAGGCCUGCGUUCAUCCCCGCCUGCUCCUGUGGGUGUGGUUCCAGAUGGCCUGGAACUGCUUUGUCCCAGACACGGUCAUUUGCUUCCCAUCUGAGCUGAGAGAGUUCUUGGAAGGCUGCCCCACCAGCUUCUCGACAUGGCUCUCAAAGAGGGACUCAGGGCCUGGAAGAGGACCUUCUGGUGGCUGAUCCUGCUGGCAGUCAGCUUCUCAGGGCUGCUCCUGUACGGGCUCCCUGCCGUCAGGCACCUGGAAACCUUCAUCCCCAUGGGCACCUGCCCUUUGGCCAGAAUGCCCCUGCUGAGGGACAACUUCACAGGUCUCCUGCAUCUCUGGGCCCGGCCUGAAGUCCUGACCUGUACCUCCUGGGGGGCCCCCAUUGUUUGGGAUGGCACUUUCGAUCCAGAUGUGGCCCAGCAAGAGGCUAUACAGCAGAACCUCACCAUAGGGCUGACGGUCUUUGCUGUAGGCAGGUACCUGGAGAAGUACCUGGCGCGCUUUCUGGAGACAGCCGAGCAGUACUUCAUGGUGGGCCAGCGCGUGGUCUACUACGUGUUCACUGAUCAGCCGCCGCCCGCGCCUGCUCUGGGCGCCCAAGGAGUACACGCUGGUGCGCGACUAGGCGCCGGGGCCAGGCCUCGCGCGCCCCCGCGGACACCUGCACCCCGGGACGAUGCGCAGUGA